CCUACCAUAAAGGGCACGCACCAGAUCAUCCCGGCGGGAAAAGAACCUGGAUGGCGGGAGUAAAACAGGAGCCAAAACAUUAGUAAUUAACAAAACUGAUUUCAAAAUCUAAUCUCCACUCAUUUCGCAUUGUUUCGGAAAGCUCUAAAAGCGAACUCGAAGUUGUUUGGAAACCAAAAUGGGGAAGGGAAAGGGAAAGGGAAAGGGAAAGAAAACUAGGGUUUCCCUUGAAGAAGAAGAAGAUGAAGAAGUAAAUCACGAGAAUCUGAAUGAAUCUUCGUCGAAUGAGAAGAACCUUUACGAGGUUCUUGGUGUUGAAAGGUCAGCAUCACAACAAGAAAUAAAGAAAGCGUAUUAUAAGUUGGCCUUGCGACUCCACCCUGAUAAAAAUCCUGGUGAUGAGGAAGCAAAGGAGAAAUUUCAGCAAUUGCAAAAGGUCAUAUCAAUUCUUGGUGAUGAGGAAAAACGGGCACUUUAUGAUCAGACUGGUUGUGUUGAUGAUGCUGAUCUUGCAGGGGAUGUUGUUCAAAAUUUGAAAGAAUAUUUUGGAGCUAUUUACAAAAAGGUCACUGAGGCUGAUAUUGAAGAGUUUGAAGCAAACCAUAGGGGAUCUGAUUCAGAAAAGAAAGAUUUGGUUGAUCUGUAUAAAAAGUACAAGGGGCAUAUGAACAGGCUCUUCUGUUCAAUGCUCUGUUCAGAUCCUAAACUUGAUUCACAUCGUUUCAAGGAUAUUCUUGAUGAGGCAAUAGGUGCAGGAGAACUGAAAGCUACUAAAGCUUACCAAAAGUGGGCAACAAAAGUAUCUGAAACUAGACCACCUACGAGUCCUUUGAAAAGAAAGGAGAAAUCAAACAAGCAAUCUGAAUCAGAUCUAUUGGCAAUUAUAUCUCGACGCCGAACUGAGAGGAAGGACCGGUUUGACUCCAUGUUCUCAUCAUUGGUGUCUAAGUAUGGUGGUGUUAGUGCAGGUUCAGAGCCCACUGAUGAAGAAUUCGAGGCUGCACAGAAGAAACUUGAGAGCCGUAGGGCCUCAAAAAAAUCAAAGCGGAAGUAACUUUAUUUCCAUGAAAGUUUGCUUCUGCUUUGCUUCAUGGAAUAUUUAAGGACUUGAUGUUCGGUCAUUGAUCUGAUUGAGAAGAAUUUCUGCGGUAAAUAGUCAAGUGAAGAAUUGGAACUAUAUAAGAUUAUGAAGGUUAUUAUAUUUGCAAGUUGUAAUGAUUAUCGAUAUGAGGACAAUGUAUGAGUUCCAUUGGGCUAUGAGGUUUUUGGCUGUGCCAUGGAGAUUUUGCUAUCUUUGAA